UCCGACUGAUAAUCAGGUGUUGAUGAGGCCAAUGUCUACUUUCCACUCCUUUCUCUGUUUUUAGUUCUUAAUUUUGUUGUUGUUAUUUUUCGAAUGAAUUGUUUGUAUCUAUUAAACAGAAUAGUUGAUUAUCUCGAGCGGUUAAAUCUAUUCCUGUUCAUUUAAUGUGUUCCCAGUGUGAUAUUUCGUUCGGUCUAGUGGAUCUUAACUACAACAGAUUAAGCAAUAGUUUUGCAUCGUUAACGACAAGGUAUGGAUCAGCCUUGUUGGGAUGAUACAGCCAUAAAAUAUGAAAGUGGAAAUACUGAUUGUAAUGCAAUGAAGGGUGAUCAGAAUUUGUAUGGAUAUUGUGAAAGUCACCUUAAUUUUACUGCUGCUAACACAAGUGAAGACGAUGACUAUGGUUAUGGAAAGAAAAAGCUAUCACGGGACCCUUUGUCACACCGCAUUAUUGAGAAAAGAAGAAGGGACAGGAUGAACAACUGCCUGGCUGACCUCUCCCGACUGAUCCCUCAGGAUUAUAUGAAGAAAGGCAGGGGAAGGGUGGAGAAAACAGAAAUCAUAGAAAUGGCCAUUCGUCAUAUGAAACAUCUCAUGUCCCACCCAUGUGCAGAGGGAACAUGCUGCAAGAGUGAGGAUGCUGGCGCAGAAUCAGAAAACCUUACUAGAAGUUAUAGACUUGGAUAUCACGACUGCUUAUCAGAAACACUUCAUUUUCUUGUCGAUUCUGAGGGUUUUCUUCCAAGUGGAUCACUUUGUAAUCAAUUAGCAACACAUCUUAGCCAACAUUGUGACAAUCUUCUUAAUAAUGAUGGCUUACGAAACGAACUGUGCCGAUUAAAGGAUGAAAAUCAUAUUGGUGGAUAUCUGGUCGGUGGAUCAGGCCCUGGUGGAGGUCAAGAAUCAGGUUCAGAUUCAAGCUGCCUUACUCAACUUUCUUCAGUCAACAAUGUUUCCCCUACUAGUUCCAAUUCUGAUAAGUGUAGUAGUGUUGAGUCAAAAUGUAGUAUAGAAUCUGGGUAUAAAUUCAAAAAUACCAUUCAGAGGAGGUUCGAGAACUCAAUACCAGCUCCAACACCGCAUACAUCUCUGGUACCUGGAUUUGCACUUUCACCAAGGGGGCAUUAUUAUCUUCCGAUUUGUUUGGAGCCUGCACUUGUUCCCAGAGAAGACCUUCAAGGUGAUGGAGAGGUUAUAUUACAUCCAGUUACGAUAUCUGUCAAUUUUAGGCCUCCUCCACCACCUCCAAAGUGAAGAUGUUAAAUUAAAAAAAAAAAAAACUUGAAUUAAGAAUGCCUAAUGAUAGGUGUCAAAAAUGCUGUCUUCUAAGUGAGAAGAGCCUGAUGAGUUUUAUCAUCCGAGUUAAACGAAUGCUUACAAAUCUACUUGUUUGUGUAAAGGAAGACUGAGAUGAAUUCAUUUAUUUUUUAAUUUUUUUGUACAGAUUAAAUUUUAUAAAAGUAUUUUUCUCAAAGUUAAAAAAAGAAAAAUUGUAUUGUUAAAUCUUGUUACAUAUGUUUUAAAUGAUUUAUAUACUGAAUGUUGAUUGUAGAUUCAAAAUUAUUGUUAAUGUUUAAAAUGAAAAAAAUGUAUAUGAUAAAAAUUUAUUAUAUUUGUCUGGGAGGUAACAUGCAAAAUAUUGACUUACUAGAAAUAAUUCAAUGCUACGUCUUCUGUUAUUAUCAAUAAUUAUUAAAUAUUACAAAACUGCUUAUAACUUCAGAUUUAUACCAGUGAAAAGAUUUUUAUUAAGGUUCAUAUUUGAGUCUUUCCAAGAUCUCCAAAAAGUUUUAGCUUGAUAUUAAUAAGUCAACUUUUUAUUCACAAACUCCUGGAAUGUAUACUAAAUGUUGAUUUAAAUCCAAAAUUAUUUUUAAUGUUAAUU